AGUAACGAAUACGUAAAAUUUUCUGCCGUGUCUGUUUCGGACAGAGAGCCGACCAUAUAUUUUAUAAUUUUACAUAGUAAUUCCUAAAUAAUGAAUCGAAUCUAGAACGGGAUAUGCUGUAACGGCAGGGCUUCAUUCACACGGCUAUUGGUACUCUGGUUUGAUAUCGUUUCUUCACAAGAACGCACUCUGCAAAAAUUACACUAAUAAGGUUGUAUACGCAUUGUGAUUGAACACUAAUCCAGUCCAUACCAGGUAUACGGAUCGAAUAACAUACGCAUUUAUAACUGCAAAAUAAAGAAACAAUACUAUAAAAAAGCGAAUUCGCCUUAAUCGUUGUAUGUAAGUCAUGCUCAUCAGCAGCGACUUUACUGCAGCACACUCAGAAAAAAUAUCAAAAAGUUCAUCGGGAAGCAGUAGCUUUUCAACUACAAUGGCAACAAGUAAAAGCAGUAAUUCAUCCUCAGAGACCCAGCUCUCGAGUAAUUCUAAUAAAAACAUCGAAAAUUCGUUGAUUAAGCAUCAGGGACAAAAGUGGCACCAAUACUUCGAUUUUGAUAAAUUGCUAAAGCAGAUCCGCGUCGCUGAAAAGCACCAUCACCGCUAUAAAGGUGAUAGUUCUUCAAGUAAUAAUGGAAAGAAUAGUUCAUCCAAUUCAUCUGCCCCACCGUCAAAGUCCGGUACCUCUACUUCCAGAGGUGGACGAUCUCUACGUCAGGUGCAACGUUUAAAUGGCAACGAUAUGCAUUAUUAUGGCAUCGUGCCCAAGAAGACAUCGGCUGAUGUUAUUGUUUGCAGUAUUUGUCGCGGCAUUUACACUAUGGUCGGCUUCAACAAUCACAUGAUGAUGCAACAUCCAACUGCAUGGGGCGCCGCUUCCUCGAAAUUAUCCAAUGCACCAACCCCGAGUGACAUAUACAGUUUAAUACCAAACGAUAAUAGUCAAGACUGCAUUCGUGAUGGAUCGGGUUCAACAGCACCAACUGAAAUUUUAGGGUCGCCUUCAGAUUUAUCCGGCAUAAUGUCGACAUCGUCAAAUGCAUCGUCAUCUUCAUCUUCCGUAUCAACAACAUCUUCAACUUAUACAGCUAAACCGCGUCAUAAAAGUAGCAAAAGUAGUGGUACAACGGCUGGGAGCAGUUCCUCUGGCAGAAGUAGUAGCACCAGUGGCAGUCGAUCGCGGAGCAAACAAUCGCGUCACAACAGCAGUACCAACCAUGCAGCAUCGGUCGGGAUUCAUACGUCCAGCACCACCAAUUCGGAGAAUACGCAAGCGCCUAGGAAAAGCUCGAAAAAAACCGCCCACACCUCAGGCUCUAAAACGAACAAAAACGAGAAUGUGACCAAUACAUCAGCAGUAGUAACGUCCGCAUUGGUAACAACUUCUAGUGCCGUAGCAAAUAGCGCCAAACAUAGUAAAGACCCAACCACAGGAAUGCUGGAUGCGACAGUGACAACACCUAUAGCACUUUACUCGUCCUCGUCGAAUUCGUCAUGUUCAUUGCCGCCGACACCAAAACUGACUACACAUUUGCCUGAGGUGAAAAGCCCUGCUUUUGUUGCUCAAGAGUUCGCCGAUUCAUCGGUUUCUAGUUCGAGUAGUGAGUACGAGCGCACUAGUUCAAGUGGCAAAGUGGUAUCUUCAAAAUCGUCGCUUAUAGCGAAUACAACAACAACCAAAGCAAUUACAAGCAGUUCUUGUUCUAUUCCUGUUGUCAAAGAGGUAGCUAAAGCUUCUGCCGUGAAAGAAAUUUCACGCUUUGACUCAACCCAGUUAAGUGAACUUGACCAGGCCGUAUCUUCAAUUACUGAAUGCCCUGCAGUGGAAGGAAAAUCUGAUAAGAAAAUGGGAGGCUCCAUGAAAAACGUUGUUGAUUCUACAACUAAUUUGACACCAACUUCAAAUAAUAUUUUUCAUAUGCCAAGUACUACAGCGGUUACGGAAAACCACAAUGAAAAACUGCAUCAGCCUAUUGCCAACACUGCACCCAAUAACAUGAAUGUUGUGCAAACAGCAAUGCCACCAAACUAUGUGGUUCCACAAGAAAUGGUGCAAGCCUGCGAAGAUGGGCUUCCACACAAUACCUCCGACGAUAAUUCCAUACUCACAUUUGAUGAUGUUUUCGAUAGUAAAUUUAUUAAUGAGAUUCUCAGCACGGCCGAUACGGAAAUACAUUUUGACGAAAGUGAAUUAGAUACCGCAGCUGUGGCACAGCAACAACAGCAACAGGAACAACAUCAGGUUUAUCAACAGCAACAGGUAACACCGGCUAAGCGCAUGCGCUAUGAUGAGACAAUAUUGGAAAGUGUACCACAGCAACAGCUACAACACCAACAGCAAGGUCAGGGCGUCGAAAUAACAGGAGAAUUCGUGAGCUACCAGCAGCAGCAGCAGCAGCAACAGUAUGUGCCCUACAAUGUUGCUACAUUAGAGGAUUUGAAGAUGUUUAAUGGUUCCGGUCCGUUGGUGGAGCAACAUCAACAGAUAUCAACGCAUUUACAGCAUGCGGCAGAACAGCAGCAGCAGCAGCAACAACAACAACAACUCACGGCUAUUGAUGCAAUGCAACUGCAACAGCUUCUUUACCAACAACAACAAACAUUGAAUACACACUACGACACCAGUAUAGUUGAUGAUUCUUCCGAUCCGAACCAUUUAGCUUUGCAGCAGCAACAAUACGAUCAAACUGGUGUUGUCAGUGCAAAGCACCUGAUUGAUAUGUGUGCCACGGUUGAUAUAAAAUCGAAUAAGUUGGGUGAUUUUUCCACGAUGUCCUCAGCUGGUUCAUUUGCUAGUGGUUAUGAUAAUAUGGCAGCACACUUCCAGCUAUACAAUGUGCCCUCACUCACUGAUGAUAAUGUGGAAACAGCAGAGCAUGUACCCAAUGGCGGUGAACCUGGCAUUCUAAUGCCUAACAUCGUGAAUGGCAUGCAACGCGCUUCACAACAAUAUGUACUGCCUGGCGGCACAGGUGAAGACCACCUAAUUUAUGAAAUAACUGAUAAUAAUCAGGUGGCUGUAAUAAGCCAACAUCGACAGCAACAAAUGCUUACCGAGUUUCUAACACGUGCCAACUACGAUCAGGUUACAACAGAUAUGAAUGCCACAGCGAAUGCACCGAAUAUUGAUGCCACAAACGAAGUAGGCUCGCUGUUGCAACAAAGCAACAGCGGCAACAACAUGCCAAUGAGAGAAGCCAGUGAUGAAAACGAUGAAGAUUUAUUCGAGUUCGACUACUCACUAUUAGAGACGGUGAAAACCAUCAACAACAGUAAUAGCGGGGUUAGCGUAAGCAGCGGCGGUAACUCGAAACCCAUUAAAACUGAACCCGGCAGCAGCGCUAGCAGCAACAGUAAAUAUUAUGAGGACGUUUACUUGAAUGCUUACCUCUACGCGGGCAUACCUAAGCCAAUUGCUAUCAACUGCUUUGGUCUGAUCAAGCUGCCAUUCGCUGCCGCAACAACUUUCAGAAAACACAUUCUGAAUGCACGGAAAGCCAACAACAGUCCUAUUACACUGAGCGGCGGUGGCAUUAACGGCAUUGUCUGUUCAAACCCAUCAGCCGCUGCACGCUUGUCCAACAAUUCCAAGUCGAUGCAAAACUAUUUCUCCAAUUUGACCUCGUCCUCGAAUUCUUUGGUUAGCAAUGAGUUUUCGAUUGGCAGUAUUACCAUAACUAACUCGUCUGUUUCGCAAAGUCAACUAUAUGCAGCACAACAAAAGCACCAGAACGCGGGUAGUAAUAGUAGUGGGACAGGCAGCGGCGGCGUGGAGAUUACUUUCAAUACGAAUUCCAAUGGCUGUGGGCCGGCUAUGUCACCUGUGUCAUCAAUGCAACGUUCGCGCUCAAAGUCAGGCAAUUCAUCCGCCGGUAGCGGCGGUUCCGCAGGCGGCGCGACACUUGUGCGUAGUAAAUCACAAACUGGCGCACCUGUUGCCGUAGUCACGCCCACGAGCCGUUUACCGCCACCACCGCGUCCCAGCACUGCUGGUCCGGUGCUUGCGCAAAGCAGCAAAACCAUCUUUGUGAACAACACACCUGCGAUUGGGAAUGAUCGUGUCAAAUUGAUCAAGCGUUGUAUGCCGCUCGUCAACAGCAGCAACAGCAAUAGCAGAAAUGAUGGCGGCAAGCGCCAGAAGUUUUCACCGCGUCAAAUUGCUGAUUUUUUAGGCGGCCUUAACCAUAACAACAACAACAACAAUAAUAAGAGUAGUAGCAACCAUAAGUCGAUGUCGGGACAACAAUGUGCGGAUAUUGGCUCUAACGGCGGGAACAACAGCCACGAAGCCAUUAUAAAUAACAACGCCAGCACCAACAAUACAACCUCAACUAAUUCUGAUGAGCAAUUGAAAUUAGAUCGUGUUGCUCACUUCUACGAGCGGCGUCGAAAACUAUACGACCUCGCCCGCAAUACUCGUCAGCAACAGCAGCAGCAACAACAGCAACGCACGCAACCACUUCAGAUGCAGCAAAAAUUGUUGAAGCAACAACAGCAAUUAUUCAAAAUGCUCACUGAUUAUGGGCAAUUAAAUACUGCAGUAGGUAACUGUAAGGGCGCGAAUGCGACUGCAAAUCCAAGCGGCACCAACGGCAGUGAAGUAUUGCGCAUUUCUGUUUGAAGCCGCCGCUAAAAUCAUAGUGGAAGGGUUAUGGAAGUAAAAUUUGUUAGACUUGAUCAAAGCAUAAAACGAAUUGUAGAUUGUGGGAAUAUGUUUAAAAAUUAGUUAAUAGUUUAAAUAUAAUUUAGGAUUAUAAAGUAUACUACAAAUUAACAAGCCUGUGGCGUUAGUGAAAAAAAAAACUUUGUGAGCAAACGAAAAUAGCAGCUCAGACGCCAUAGCAUUUGAUUAACAUAAGCAUUUUGUAGUUUUCAAGAUUUGUAUUUAGUUUUUGCAUAAAUUAAUUUGGUUUUUACUAAUUUAAAUUUUAUUGUAUCUAUCUAUGUAUUACUUAUAAUUACUAUAUAUUACAAAGAGCUACAACAUAAUUUUUCAUUUACACAAAGUACAUCCAUUGCAUAUUAUUUUCACGUAACUAUGUAGUAUUUAUACUUUCAUGUCAUUAUCCAAUCAGAUGUAUAUGUUUUCAAUCUAGACUGAAAGGUUAUUAAGCCUGUUUCUACAAUACAUACAAUGCAAAUAAAUAAAGUAAAAAAUUAAAUAAGCA